AGCGCGCCCCCGAGACUUCAGGUGAAUGGGAAGCGAGAGCGGGUUAUGGUUCAGUGUGCGUCGGGGAAAAGGAAAAAAUAAGGAAAAUGACCUGCAACAGCUCGUUCUGGGCACAUGUGUUCAUGACAGCGUAUUUACUAUGGGUCACGGGACGUGUUGCUCAGAACGUCUACUUUGAUUGUGGAGCGAAGGUGGAUGUUGUGGAUGUCCAAGGCCUCAUCCUGUCUCCUGGGUUUCCCUAUAACUAUUCCUCAGGGACCCACUGUGUCUGGCAGUUCUUUGUGCCCGUCGGCCACCAGCUCAUACUGGAGAUAUUUGACUUUGACGUGUUCGAGAGCCACGACCCCUCUGCCCAGUACACUGCCAUCUCUAACUUGAAAGUGGAAGAUGCUGAGGCUGACGAUGGGGCAACGUUCCCGUCUGGCGGUCCGGUCACAGAUGAAAACAUGUCAAUGCUGGCUAAAGACGUCCCCGUAUCUCAGGCUCAGGGGGGCAGAGUGAAAGCCCCCCAGUCCUCCUUCCAACAUGACAAGGUCAAGCAGGUGGUGUUGCAAGAGCAGUCCACCAAGAUGGAGAUCGCCAAAGUCUCCAACUCUGCUAAAAGGUCCACCUCUGAUAUUGCAUCCCCACAUCCCCCCUCACACCUCCUACCCAGGGACCAGGCAGCGGUGAACUCAAUCACCUCUCCUCUCCUCAGAGGCAACCCUGACCUGAACCAUACCCCUGACCCCAGAGCAGCAGCCCCAGACCUGGCUGUGGUUGUAGACAAGGCCACCACUCCGACCCCCACGGACAAUGAGUCCGUGAGCUCUGAGACCCAGGUGGUGGACGCUUGCCCCCACGACGUCCUCUACAUCUCAGACCUCCUCACUUUCUCCUCGCGCUUCUGUGGCUCCAACCGGCCCUCCAGCAGCCAGCUGGUGUUUGGCUCCAGCCAGGAGAUGGUAGAGGUCAUCAUGGAGUUGAUCACCACCACCCACUGGGGCCGCGGCUUCGCCCUGCUCUUUCACUACCACAACCGGACAGAACCGGAUGGAGAUGACCCCCGGCACGCCUACGCCCCUGCCGGGGCCAGCAAGAUGGGCUCUCUGCUGGCUGCCAUGAGCGGAGCAGCCUUCUUUGCCAUGGUGCUCACCAGCGCUCUAUGCAUAAUUUUCAGACCUAAACUAUGUCCGAAAAGAGCCAGCUCUUGCUCAUCCAACAACUCUGAGGUGCAGGAGGGAGUGCAGAACUCUGGAGCUGACGUCCGUGAGCUGCAGCUGGUGGCUCCUAAUCAGCCUAGCCUGGAGGUCCCUAGGAAAGCAGAGAACGACAACAACCACUCCCUCAGCCUCACACACACAGGUUCCCCGGUCAGUGUUGGUGGUGAUAUGUCUGAGCAUGCUGAAGUGGACCUCUCAUCCAAUGGUCUCACGGAACUGGACUUGGGGACAGAUGAGGUGUUUAUCAUUUCAUCUGCGCCCAGUACGAGCAGCAGACUGCUGUUCUCGGCCCAUACGCAGCGGGAGAGGUUUCUGAGGCACAGUGACACCGGCUCAGGCCCUGUCAGUGACUGGCCCUCUCCAGACCCAGCUGCCUCGCCCACAGAGACCCGUGCUGCCCAGGAUGGCUGUGCCAGACCCCGGCCGCGGGCCUGGAGCGUCCGCACCUUCCAGGACUUCCUCCCUCCACUAACCCAGUUACACAAGAAGUGGUGCAGUUGGAACUCCACCAGUCCCUUCACUAAGCUGGUGGACAGCGCCCCGUCAGGCUUUGUGUCAGAAUGCCGUGGGGAUGACAGCAGGAAAGUGUUCUCCGACCCCCAGUUGGAGGACCAGGAUGACAGUAACGCCUCCUCCAUGAGUAACGUCUCGUAUCCCCUCACCCUGCCCGCCCAGAGGCAGCGCCGCCUAAACUCCACUAGCAACAUGCGGCGCUCCCGCUUCACCGGGCCCUGCUUCGGCCUGCUCUCUGGGUCCAGUCCCUCAGACAGCACCAAGGCCCCCGGGGGCUCCCUCCUCCAGGCCUCCCCGUCCCAACCCAGUAACAGUACCUCUGGGCAGGGGCAGCUGGAAGAGGUGCAGGGUGGGAAGCGCCGUGAUUUCCCAGCAGAGAGUGACCACGUCAGUGUCCCGGUGUUUGCCAUCUGUGAAGAGGAGGACCGGCAGCCCUUGAUCCUGGCUGAGCACUUGGGGCAUUCCUCCAUGCUGAAUGGACUGAGUCGGGGGGUGUACGAGGCAAAGGGGCCCGCCGGCGGAAGCCUCAACCCUGGCCCCCAGAGCGCAGCCAAUGGCCCCCUCCUCCAGAGGGGAAGGUCAGAGUGGAGGCCAUGGGGAAGUCAGGCCUCAGGAGGGGCCAGUCCUUACCCUCUCCCUCACCCCUCUGGCUCACACACAGCCACCAAUACUAACGAGUCUGCCUUCGUGCACAGCACAGCCAAUCAGAUCCAGAUGCCGUCCCUCGGCCAAUUAACAGUGCCAUGCAGUGUGACAGGCAAUGUGACCAGUGACAGCCCAGCAUCCAGUCCAUGUGACAGGAGAGCGGACAGACAAAGUAUGCACUCUUGGGUUGGCCCAGCAAAGCAAUAAUAAACUAUUUUUAGUGCCACCUUUGUAAAAUGCAAAAACUAACUUUUUGAUUACUGAAAUCAACUUUUAUAUGGCAUUUCUACGUUCUUGAAGUCAAUUGCUUUAUGGUGACAAACUGGAUGUUUUCAUACACACUAUAUUUUUAUAAAGUUAAAGGCCCAAUGAAGAAUUUUUAAAAUCUCAAUAUCAAAUACUUUCUGGGUAAAAUUAAGUACCUUACUGUUAUAGUUGUCCAAUAAAAUGUUAAAACAUAUACAGAAAUAGCUUUUUAGCAAAAAAAAAAUUCUCAAACAAGAAUUUUGUUAAGAUUGUCUGGGAGUGGUCUAAGUGAGGGGCCUAAUGGGGGGGAUAUGGGUUGUCCACAAAUUUGGUGCCUUUUGAUUUCGCCUAAUUUUAACAUUGUCUUAAAGAGCACGUACAGUUGAAGUCGGAAUUUUACAUACACCUUGCCAAAUACAUUUAAACUCAGUUUUUCACAAUUCCUGACAUUUAAUCCUAGUGAAAAUGCCCUGUUUUAGGUCAGUUA